GUCCGCCCCACCGUGGCCGUCGUUGGAAGUUGUGUGGGGUGAGAUGAGCAGCGGGGGCCCUACAACCCUGAGUCCAAGCAAGGCUAGGGAGUCACCACUUCCUGAGGGCGUCGGAGGCAAGAAGCGGGACUCGCUGGGGUCGACGCCGACGCAAACUAUCGCCAAAGAUGUUGGAGAAAUAUAUUCUCGACUUCUGGAUCACAGACCAGUUAUUCAAGGAGAAAUUCGUUACUUCAUUAAAGAAUUUGAAGAAAAACGUGGUCUCCGAGAAGUACGCGUUCUUGAAAACUUGAAGAACACAACUUUGGAGGCAAAUAACCAAACUCUGCCAAAGUGUGAAGAAGUGAUGCAUGGAAAUCUAAAUGAAUCACUGAGGAGAUUACAGGUAGCCAAUGAAAUGAUCAGCAGACUCCAGCAGAGGGAGCAGGAAGAAAGACAGCUUCAGACUGAGAAGCUAAUGACUGCUGAAACACAACGUCUAACACAGUGGGAGGAAUUUGUGAAGGAGCAGCACAACCUAAAAGCCAUUGUGGAUGAAGAACACACAAAAGCUAUCAAGCGUCUUAAGGAACAGUAUGCUACAAUGGAAGAGGACCUGGCUAAACAUACUCUUUAAGGAACUCUUACAGUGAGAUUGUUCUGCCUUUGCAGUAUUACUUCCCAACUUACUCCAACACUUUCUAAUUUAGGCCUGCCACCAUAGUAUCGGGAUUUAUCAACAGGAAUAUCAAUAUGUAAAAAUAACAGCAACAACAUCCUGGUAACAACUGGAAUCGGUCUCUAGUACUUAAUAAUUAUGUUCAGUGUUACUUUUUUUAUAUGGGACCAGCAACAGUAUUUUUGCUCACCAGGCUAGACUAAUUCCACUGCAUUUACUCAUAAUUAUCUAUCUUAUAAAUUCAUCUUAUUUUUUAUGCUGGCCAUCUGAAUACACUUCCAUGUUUCUCUUUCCCAGAGAGAAGAAACUAUUGGAGAGGGGCUGAACUGGCUAGAGAAAUGAUUUUAACUGUUUACAGAAUUACUUACAUUGUCUCACUUCAUAAAGGACAAUGUUGAUUGUGAAAAUUGAGCUGUAAAAAUCCCCCAAAGCCAAAAGCCCAUGGACAUACAAUGGUCUAAGGUCUGUGUUUGUUUUUUUAUGCUAGUAAGGUCAAAGACAACUGGAAGUUCUCUAGAAAAAAAAAUACUUGUAGAUUAAAUAAGAGGAAAUGAGAAAGAAUGGCAACGGCUUUUCUUCUGCCUGUAUUUGUCCAGCUGAUGGUUCAGGAAUAUUGAACCUUGUAAGGUUCUAUUACCCAAAGCCCAUGAUAGUAUGUAAUGUUCUAUGGGGCAUUACUUCUAGUAUUUGUAAGUGCAGCACAUGAACAACUCUUGGUUUAGAACUUCUUAUAUCAUGGUAUUAUGGAGCAUGACCAAUUCCUAUCAUCACUGGGAUCAGUCUGCAUUAAAUAUUAGCAUAACGGAGGAAAAGCACCUUGAUUAGCCCUUUGUAACCCAACCUCUCUCUCUCUCUCUCUUUUUAAGAAUGUUAAUAACAGGAUGAAAGCUGAGGUAGGCUAAGUCAGGGACCGGAAAAUCAAGUGUUAUUUUAACAGCUAGGCACCGUGUAAAGUAGGAACAUGUAAAACAAAAUUACUCAUUAUCUGUGUUGCAAGUGCAAUAGGCCAACAAUGGUUGUCUGUGCAAAUGUCAAGGCUCCAUCCUGGCAGCCUGUUGAUAAUGUGAUUAAAGUGAGCAGAGGAGAUGGAA